AUGGCUUCGUUGGAGGUGGCGAAAGUCACGGAACAGGAUGUGACCAUCCACCUUGAACACGAACGGGACACUGAGUGCGACUACGAAGCCCUCACUGCGAUUGAGGUUGACAUCCUUGUUCGUGGGAAAAUAGUCGGAAAGAUUUCUGGUACACGAAUCGAAAGAUUAGCGAUUCCAGAUGGAUGCUUUUACUCCGUGAUGGAUGAACACAGCAGCGACUUGCAGUAUGUUGCUGUGAACCUUUUCGAGCCACGGCGUGGAAGGACAAAGCUCCAUUCUCUGCGGGACGGAGGUGAUCAUCCCGAGCUCGCUAUUCUUUACAUCAGCAGGCUUGAAGUGAAUGAAGAGUAUACGGUGUUUGGAUCAUCAGAUGUGGGAGCGUAUGCUUUGCGAAAGUUGCUGCAUCAUCCAUACAUUAGAUCAAAAGGGCUGUCGCAGUUCGCUAACGAGUGGCUUACUUCCAGCUGUAUUUACAUCUUGGAUGGUAACACACCUGCGGAUAGAAGUUAUGCGAAUCAAUUUCUCCGCAAUGGUUUUCGUCAAGACAAAGCUGUAGUAGGCCAAGGCGGCGACCGUUUCCUCGUUGCCGCACGUAUCCAUUGGACGGAGCCGUUGAAAUCCCAUGCCGAAGUGGCAGCUAUGCAACUCCUUGUUGCCCCUCCCAAACCACCACCACCAACCGGAAAGGAUGCCGAGAUUCGUGAGAUCAUUGAGCGUAGAAUACAAUCUCCUGGCAGUGGGAACGCUUCGUAUCAGUCCGAGGUAGAUCGAUUAAUCAAUGAGGGUGGGUCAUUGGCACGAUCGAAUGCCCUGCAUUGUGCUUGUGCAAAUCAAAACAUGGCGAUGGUCGACUACAUACUACGGAAGGAUCCUUCAACGAUUGAGUGCAGAGAUGAGACAUGGUCCACCCCGCUGAUGAUUGCUGCAGCCUCAGCCGCCGCAUUAGGAAACAGGGCGGGUAUUGCCAGAGAUCAACCUGUGAUUGACCUACUCCUUCGUUCUGGAGCUCGCAAAGAUACGGUGAACUCCAAAGGAAUGACGGCGUAUGGAACCAUGGUACAAAUGCACAAUCAGCUGAAUGAAAUGUUGCAGGCAAUGAUGGGAGUGCCGGUAGGAGGUGCUUCAACAAACACCCCUGGCCUAUCAGAGCUAAAGACAAAGUUGAUGCCACCAGGGGGGCCGACUACCGUAGAUCGAACGGGAGGCCAAGAGGCUCCUGAAGGAUUCGUUGACUAUUCAUAA